AUGGUGCCGUUUACCCAUUUGAAAGGGGUUGCUCCGCUAGCUCAGGGGCUCCCGAAUCAGAGCAAUAAAAAGGCACCUGCCAUUUCCGCUGAGUUGCCAUCUAUUCAAUCUAAAAAUAAUGCUGACCUUUGGGGGGACAUGGAAAGCCCCCUUACUAGCAUUGUGAGCCCUGUGCUGGACAUCAGCAUGAGAAGCUCAGGCCCUGUCUCCAUAGAUGAGAAGGGAUUAUCCUCUUGGCCUGUGAAGGAGGAGUCUGUCGCAUCUGAGGACUUCAAUCUUCCUAGCCAGUAUGGUGGUCGCAUUACUGCAAAUGAGCUGAAUUCCAUCAGUUUUCAAACUGCAUUGGAUGUAGAUCUUCUGGAUCUUGAUGACAAUUCUGUCAUUCUCCACCCUAGCAAAGUUAUGGGAUGGGAGACUGUGGGAAAGAAGAAGGGUAGAUGUACCCCUUUGCUGGACCCUGGUUCGAAAACCACUGGGUUUACUGCUAGCAUGAAAAAUAGAUAUGAAAUUUUAUCUGAUUCUGAUGUUGAUGAAAAUAAGGUCGCUAUUGAGAAUACCAUAAAAUUUGUACAUGAUGUAUGCCAGAAGCAUUUUGAAAAGCAAUUUCUCAAUAUUCCAAGUCAAGUCCAAAGGGAACAAGAGGCUGUGGCAGAGGCAGCUCAACUCGAAGCUCAGGCUGGAGCUAUGCAAGCUGAAAAUGUGUCAAACUUAGAGUCAGAUACUGAACAUGAGGCAGGAAAUGAAAUACCUGUGGAAAAGCCUUUUGUCAACAAAGGAAAGAUUCGUGAUUUUUGUGACACUGGAAUUCCAGGGAUUGACAAUGAGGAAUUGGAUCCUGAGAAUCAGUGCCAUGCUUGGGAGAACUUCAAUUUCUUGAAGGACGAGGAUCCUGAAGUGCAAAAGGUGAUCUAUGAAGAUGUCAUGAGAUCAUGGAAGGCACACAAGUGUUCCUCUGCCAAACCUGACAGCCAGAUUGGUGGUUCAUCCAAUGUGGAACCUGAAGUAUUCUGUAUCUCCACACCUGUAAUGAAGGGUGAGGUUUCAGGUGAUGGAGAGGCCAUGAACUUUACCCCACCAAUUACCAGCACCCCAAUCUCAAAGCCUGUAAAGAAGGUUAGGAUCGCGGAGGAUGUCAAGACCAAAGAGAUGUUCGAUGCAACUUUGGGCAACCAAAAGGUACAUUCCAAGUUAUCGAGCCCUUCAGUCCUGAAGGCUAGUAGUCUUGGUGGUUUGCAGGGAUGGUCCCCAUUAUCAGGUUCUAACAAUGUGAUAGGUAACCCCCACAUUGAUAUGCAGCAUAUGAUUGGUGUUGCACAGAAUGCCAUGUGA